CUCACAUAUUCAUGCACCAGUCAGUAUCAAAAAGUACGAAAAUGGAGAAAGUUCUUAUAAGGCAAACUAAUUCUUAUUCAACCUCCCUCCUCAACCGCCCAACCUCAUAAAAAGGAAAAAAAUUAAGAAAAAAUAUUAGAUUAAUUCAACAAUAAAUAAAGACAGAAAAAGAAAAACAUAACUGGUUUUGUGUCCCCGGUAUUGGUUUUGCAAAAGUGGUAUUGGUGAGGUGGUUGGUUUGGUUGGACUAGGAAAGAGAGUGAGCGUGUGUAUGUGUACAUAUGUUAACAAACCGAUUUUAAGGUGGGAUUCAUUGCAUUCUAAGAAUCUGGCAGUACCAUUGCACCUAUUCUCUGUGCAUCACAUCUAUAAUCUUUUUUUUCUUUUUUUACUUCUCAAUUUCCAAAAUAUAUAAAACCACGACAAACUUUCCUUACAUGACAUUAACAUACAUUCUCCUAUUUCAGAAUCUCAUUUAAGCUUCUUCCUUUUUUUGCAUUUUUUCUCCUUAGGGAGUUUUCUACAUCAUCAAAUGCUCUGCACCCUUUUCUCUCUUAUAUUCAUCUCUGCGUUGUGUAUUCUUCAUCAGUUUCUGCUUUCUGAAUUUCUGCUUCUGAGUACUUUCUGUGGUUUAUCUUUCUUGUGCUCAUGCCUGCCCUUGUCAAUCAUGGUGGUGAUGAUGAACUCUAUCCUGGGGGUUCUCCGGAUUUGGGGGGUAGGUUUGAUGUGUACUCCUCUCCUACGAAGCGACCUCGAAUCAGUGUCCCAAUUAGUUUUGGAGAUCUUGAGGAUGAGCAAGAUCAUAAGUCUAGUGUUAGUGUUGAGAUCCUUCCGGAUGAAUGUCUUUUUGAGAUAUUCAGACGUCUUUCGAGUGGAAAAGAGAGAAGCUCCUGUGCUUGUGUAUCGAGAAGGUGGCUUAUGCUUGUGAGCGGCAUAUGCAAAGAUGAAAUUGAAACUGUUGUGAGAAUGAAUUCUUCAGAUGAGAGUCAUGAUGUUGAAGGUGAUGGAUACCUUACAAGGCGUUUGGAAGGGAGGAAAGCCACUGAUGUAAGACUUGCUGCUAUUGUGGUUGGGACUAGUUGGCGUGGUGGACUUGGGAAGCUAUCUAUCAGAGGAAACAACUCGGUUAGAGGUGUUACAAACCGUGGUCUCUCGGCUGUUGCUCAUGGUUGUCCUUCUCUCAGAUCACUUUCACUGUGGAAUGUGUCUUCUGUUGGUGAUAAGGGUCUGUGUGAGAUUGGAAAAAGAUGCCAUAUGUUGGAGAAGCUCGACUUGUGCCAAUCUCAGUGGAUCACCAACAAGGGUUUGAUUGCGAUAGCUGAAGGCUGCCCCAACUUGACCACGUUAAACAUUGAAUCGUGCUCGAAGAUUGGAAAUGAAGGUUUGCAAGCUGUUGCCAAGCUGUGUCCUAAUUUACAUUCAAUCUCUAUCAAGGAUUGUCCACUUGUUGGUGAUCACGGAGUGUCUAGUUUGUUAUCAUCAGCCUCCGAGUUGUCGAGGGUGAAGCUUCAGAUUUUGAAUAUCACAGAUUUUUCUGUGGCAGUUAUUGGCCAUUAUGGGAAGUCGAUAACAAAUCUGGUUCUUAGUGGACUUCAAAAUGUGAAUGAAAGAGGUUUUUGGGUCAUGGGUGUUGCUCAAGGUCUACAGAAACUGGUGUCACUGACUAUAACUUCAUGCCAUGGGGUAACUGAUGCGAGCAUCGAAGCCAUCGGUAAGGGUUGCCCAAAUCUGAAGCAGAUGUGCCUUCGCAGGUGUUGCUUUGUAUCCGACAGUGGAUUGGUCGCAUUUUCCAAAUCCGCCGGAUCUCUGGAGAACUUGCAUUUGGAAGAGUGUAACAGGUACACUCAAUCUGGGGUUAUUGGUGCCCUUUCGAGCAUCAAAGCAAAGUUGAAAUCACUUACAGUUGUGAAGUGUAUGGGAAUUAAAGACAUUGAGGUGGAAGUUUCUAUGCUUUCACCUUGCGAGUCUCUUCAAUCUCUAACCAUUAAAAACUGCCACGGUUUCGGCAGUGCUAGUUUGGCUAUGGUUGGAAAGUUGUGUCCCCAACUUCAGCAUGUUGAUCUGACUGGACUUUACGGUAUAACAGACGCAGGCCUUCUCCCACUUUUGGAGAAUUGUGAGGCUGGACUUGUCACGAUGAACCUAACAGGUUGCUGGAACUUGACAGAUAACAUAGUUUCUGCCAUGACCAGACUACACGGCGGAACUCUCGAAAUGCUAAACCUCGAUGGAUGCUGGAAUAUCACUGAUGCAAGCUUGGUUGUGAUUGCUGACAACUGCCUGCUGCUCAACGAUCUAGAUGUGUCGGGGUGUGCAAUCACCGAUGCCGGUGUAUCUGUUCUCUCUGAUGCCACUCACCUUAGUUUGCAAGUUCUCUCUCUGUCUGGCUGUUCUGAAAUAUCAAACAACUGUGCGCCUUUCCUGAAGAAAUUGGGCCAGAACUUGUUGGGAUUGAAUCUUCAAAACUGCAAUGGAAUUGGCAGCAACACAGUUGAGUUGCUUAUGGAGAGCCUGUGGAAAUGUGAUAUUCUGGCCUAAUUGCGCCAGCGCCGGAACUGCUAUAAAUAAAGAAAGUAUGUAGAUUACUUUUAUCGAAGUAUCAUAAUGAAGCAACAGGUGGUAAUAUUCAGCGUACGAUUUUUGGCUGAUAUGACUAUCAAGGGUGGAUUUGCUAGCAUGGUCUGUGGACUCGGUUGUUUUCGAGGGAGCCUUGGUUUGUUUCUUCACUAGCCCUUUUUCGCAAGCAAUUGUCAUAGAGAAAUGAUUGUUUGUUACAGUCCCUUUUGGCUAUAGCUCCCUGAGAUCACAGUUACUGAGUCAUGGUUGAGGAUGGUGUCCACUCUAGAUAGCGCAUUGCUUAGGUUUUACAUUGUAUAGCUGAAAUGUACUAUUCUGUUUGUCUUAGGUUUAUUUUCAUGUCUUUGUCGUUUUGUUUUUGUUAACAAUAAUGUGUUAAAACGCAUGAAUUUGAAUAAAGGGUUAGAAUUGUUUUAUGAA